CACCUCGACAAUAAGCAACAUGGCAGAAGACAAACUUUCGUUUGAACAACAGUACACUUUCAAUCUACUUUCCACUAAAAGGUUUACGUUUCAGCACGAUCCUAAGACAUUAGAACUCCUGAUGAAAUGGUCCAUGCUGGGUCGAAUAACCACCCAGGCCUUCAAAUUUGACCAACCUUUCCAGUCUUAUAGGAGGAAUGACUUUGCCUUGAACUUCUUUCAAGAUCCCUGUGUGAAGAACAAUUUAAAGGUACUUGACACCUCUGGAUCAUGGACACCGCUGGGUAGAGACAUCACACAUGUAAAAGUUGAAGUUGUUCCCUGUUCAAAAGUGUCAGUGGAUAUAUUUGAUCCAAUUUACUCCAAUGGAAUUUUGCAUCCCUCUGGUCACAUUUUCAAAUGUUACCAUGAAAUAUACCCUGACUUUGAUGAGUUGAGAAUGAUUUUGCUUGAAGAGGACUCUGACAAUUAUCACAUUAUUAGUCCAAGUAAUCGUCAGGAGUUUCUGUUCAGACUGUUCAAGCAUUUAGUCUUGGGAGGUGAACUUUGCCAAUAUGAGGAUAUUAUUGAUCCUUACAUUGAGACAGGAAAAAUAAUAUACAAAGAUUUGGUCAGUGUUCAGAAGGAUCCAGACACGAAAGAGAUCAGUGUGGUCUCAACGAUCUUGAAAGUCUCUGCUUAUGAUCGUGAUGGAUUGUGCUACCCAUCUGCAACAGAAAAUGAACAGACAUUUGCUUACCUCUGUAUUGAUCCAUUCAAAAGGCACGUGUAUGUCCUGUACCAUUCAUUUGGUAUAGGGGACAUUUCAGGAAAUGUAUUGCCAUCAUUCUAGUAUAAAAUCACUGAGACAUUAUUAUUACAAAGUACACCCAGAGCCAUAGGUCCUCUAUUAUAUAGCCUACUACACAAUUAUGUAGAUAGUCAUUUGGCUCAUCAUGAAUUUAUCAAGUACUGGCAGAAAAUUUAUAAAUAACCCUUAGAAAUUUGAGCCUGUUGAUAUGGGAAUUGUGUAAACAACUUUUGAAAUGUGAUUGUAGUUUCAUGUUUGAAAAAUGGGAAGUGUUUGAUGUAGUUCUAAUAAAC